UCCACUGAGCGACCAAAAAGUUACUUUUUUCAAUUCAUAAUUCAUAACAUAAUACAAGAUCCUACUCAAUACAUGUUCUUCUUCGUUGACUUCAACAGAUUUUAGUCUGGCGCAAUUAAUUCAAUAUGGUGAAGAAUAAAGAGAAUGAGACGACCCCGGCUCGCCCUCCUCCCAGCUUGAAGAAACAAAAUUCGAGCGUGGGAUCGAGCAAGAAUCAAGCAUCAAUUCUUGGAUUUUUCUCGAAGAAACCUGCCAGUACUCCGACCAGGAAAACUUCCACAGACGCGCCUGGUGGUAUCUUGCAACCCAAUGGCUCUGCAAACAGCUCGAAAUCUACACCGAAGCCUGGCAGCACCGUGAAGAGACCUCAGUUCAAAAAGUCCGUCCAGAAGAGCGUAACCCCAGUUCCAAGUAGCGACAACAUUGAGCCAGCAAGCUCACAGGAGAACGAAAACGGCGGAAUUCCAACAGAGGUAGAUGAUUGCUCGUCAUCGCCUCCAGCACCUGCUGCGGAGCAGCUUGUAGAUAUCGAUGGUUUAGUUCUAGCGAGCAGCCCUUCACGAAAGGUACACAAUUUCCUUCUGAAUACGCCCGUUGGCUCAAGCUAAAACUCUUAUUUAUUAGGCGGCGAAGAAGGUAGUUAGCUAUGCCGAAUCUGACGAUGACGAUGAAGAUGUGACUCCGAGAACUACUCAACGAAGAAAGGGAAAGAAUCCAAUGAUUGAAAGCGAUGAUGACGAUGAGGAUACAUUUAUUGGUGAAUUAUAUGGAGCUGAUGAUGAUGGUGAGCCUAUCAUGUUGAUUUCUAGUAACAGUAACUCACAGAUAAUAGAUGAAAUGGAUGAUUUCGUUGUUGAUGACGAUUUUGAUGCUCCAAGCAAACCUUCCAAAAAGAGAAAGCGGCCAACAUCCACGACAGUACCUCGAAAGCGAUCCAAUAUAUCGCCAGUCCCUCACUCAUUCAAUGACGAUGAGGAUAUACAAAUACUAGAGGCUUCGACAGCUCAACAAUGGAAAUAUGACCCCGAGAACAUUCAACCUUUAAAAGCCAAGUCUUCGAGUAUCCCGAGAACUCCUACUUCGAGUGGGAAGAAAUUCAAAGAAAAGGCAUCCAAAAGCGACCCAGAUCAACGAUAUGAGUGGCUAGCAAAUGAGCGGGACAUUGAUCGCAAUCCUCCUGGCCAUCCCGAUUAUGAUCCUCGUACGCUAUACAUACCGCCAAUGGCAUUCAACAAGUUUACACCCUUCGAGAAACAAUAUUGGGAAAUAAAGCAAAAGUGUUGGGACACUAUUCUUUUCUUCAAGAAGGGCAAGUUCUACGAACUAUAUGAGAGAGAUGCUACCAUUGGACAUCAGAUAUUUGAUCUAAAACUUACAGACCGUGUUAAUAUGUCAAUGGUUGGUGUACCAGAAAUGUCAUUACAGCAUUGGGCAAACCAAUUCCUUGCCAAAGGAUACAAAGUUGCCGUUGGUGACCAAAAGGAAUCGGCUUUGGCAAAAGAAAUGCGUGAACGAGAAGAUAGUGCAGGCCCCUCAAGCAAAGGCAAGAAACCUGAUAAAAUCAUUCAUCGGGAGCUAUCUUAUAUUCUCACCGCCGGUACCUUGGUCGAGGGUAGUAUGUUACAAGAUGAUUCAGCAACAUACUGCGUUGCCAUCAAAGAGUCCAUCACAGAUGAUAGUUUGCCAGCCUUUGGAAUAUCAUUUGUUGAUACAUCAACAGGCCAGUUUUUUCUCUCCGAAUUCACUGAUGACGUAGAUUUGACCAAAUUUGAGACAUUUGUCGCUCAAAUCCGUCCUCAAGAACUGUUGCUCGAAAAGUCCUGUGUUUCGACCAAGGUGCUUCGUAUCUUGAAGAAUAACACUGGCCCAACAACUGUUUGGAAUUACUUGAAAUCCGAAAAGGAAUUUUUGACCGCUGAGAAAUCCCGCAGAGAAUUAGAUUAUGGUGGUUACUUUGCUUCAGUGGAUGGUGGAAAAGAAACCUGGCCUGAAGAGCUUGAAAAAGCAAGAGAUAACGAUUUGUUGAUUUCUGCCUUCGGAGCUCUUUUCCAGUAUUUGAAAGUCCUUCAGCUUGAGAAAGCUCUUCUUACACAAGGUAACUUCGCUUGGUACAAUCCUAUCCAGAAAGGGACAACUCUUGUACUUGAUGGUCAAACUCUUAUCAACCUCGAGAUUUUUUCCAACACAUUUGAUGGGAAUACAGAUGGUACCCUAUACACACUCCUCGAUCGUUGCACUACACCAUUUGGAAAGCGACUGUUUCGACAAUGGGUGUCGCAUCCCCUGUCCGAUAUCAAAAGGAUUAACGAACGUCUCGAUGCUGUGGAUUUGCUAAACAAAGAUGAUAACUUGAGUCGCUCAUUCAAGUCCUCAACUUCUACGUUGCCUGAUCUGGAACGUCUUAUUUCUCGAAUCCAUGCUGGAUCAUGCAGACCUGAAGAUUUUCUCAAAGUACUGGAAGGGUUUGAGCAAAUCGAGUACAUCCAAAAGGAAAUCCUUGGCAAUUAUAGUGGUGGUGAUGGCGUCUUUAGUCGUUUGGUUGCGACAAUACCUAACCUUGCUGAACCUCUACAAUGGUGGAAGAAUGCAUUCGACCGAAAAAAAGCAAAGGAGGACAAAAUUCUGGUUCCUGAAAGGGGAGUCGAAGAAGAUUUUGAUGCGAGCCAAGACCGUAUUGAGGAGAUUCAUCAAGAGCUGGCAUCCUUACUGAAGAAAUAUCAGAAAAAGUAUGAUUCAAAGAAAAUUGAGUUUAAAAAUAUUGGCAAAGAAAUCUAUCAACUGCAGAUGCCGGUCUCUAUCAAGGUGCCUAAUGAUUGGAAGAUGAUGUCUGCCGCAUCCGGAUUCAAGCGUUACUAUUUCCCCGAACUCACCAACAUAAUUCGAGAUCUUCAAGAGACUCAAGAAACGCAUGGCCAAAUCGUCAAGCAAGUAGCUAGCAGAUUUUACGCACGUUUCGAUGAAGAUUAUGAAAUAUGGCUUCAGGCUGUUAAGGCUGUUGCUCAACUUGAUUGUCUUUUCAGUCUUGCUGCUGCAUCCUCAGCCCUUGGUACUCCAUCUUGUAGGCCCAAGUUCGUCGACUCGGAACGAAGUGUGGUUGAGUUUGAAGAACUUAGACAUCCUUGCAUUUUACCAAAUGUGACGGACUUUAUUCCUAAUGAUGUCCAACUUGGUGGAAGGUCAGCUAAUAUCAAUCUACUCACUGGUGCUAAUGCGGCCGGAAAGUCUACAAUCCUACGAAUGGUAUGUCUUCUACUUUUUUUAACACAAUGAUCAUACUAACAAUCUACUUGUAGACCUGCGUCGCGGUAAUAAUGGCACAGCUAGGCUGUUACGUACCUGCCAAAUCCGCAACACUUACCCCUGUCGACCGUAUCAUGUCCCGUCUAGGUGCCAAUGACAACAUCUUUGCCGCCCAAUCCACCUUCUUCGUCGAACUCUCAGAAACCAAGAAAAUUCUCUCUGAAGCUACGUCUCGUUCCCUCGUCAUCCUCGACGAACUCGGUCGUGGCACCAGUAGCUACGAUGGUGUCUCGGUCGCUCAAGCUGUGCUUCACCACGUCGCGUCUCAUAUCGGCUGUAUUGGUUUCUUCGCCACGCAUUACCAUUCUCUCGCUCUAGAGUUCGAUUCUCACCCCGAAGUCAUCAAUAAGCGUAUGGCGAUCGAAGUCGACGAUGAAUCAAGAAGCGUACUCUUUUUGUAUAAAUUAGAAAAUGGGGUUGCCGAAGGUAGUUUUGGUAUGCAUUGUGCAAGUAUGUGUGGAAUACCACGGAAAGUGGUUGAUAGAGCUGAAGUCGCGGCGAGGGAAUGGGAAUACACUAGUAGACUUGGAGAAAGCUUAGAGCGGGCAAGAGGAGAAAAGGGAAUUUAUUUGCCGUUGGGCGUGUUGAGUGAUGUGGCUUGGUGUUUGAAGGAGACGGGGACGAAGGGAAAGAGACCAGAGGUUGAAAAUGAAGAAAGUGGAAUUAGUGAGAGGGGAUUGGAUUGUCUUUUGAGAGCUAUUGAAGCUUUGUGAAAGUAGCGAUUGUCAGAGACUAGGUUGCUUGUGCGAACUUAAGAUAAUGGAUAGAAGGAAUGCUAUUUACAUACGAAUUUUAUUGCCUAUGAAGUGCUCGGGUAAUAGUAGAUACUAAUGAAAGGGAUCAAUCGAUGAGUAAAUAGGAAAUAGAUAGGCGUUGCCGGCUCAGAUGGGGAUAGUAUACUAUUUAGCUAGCGGUUGG